AUGAACUACCUGCGGCGCCGCCUGUCGGACAGCAACUUCAUGGCCAAUCUGCCGAAUGGGUACAUGACAGAUCUGCAGCGCCCGCAGCCUCCCCCUCCGCCGCCCUCUGCCGCGAGCCCGGGAGCCACACCCGGUCCCGCGACUGCCACUGCCGAGAGGGCCUCCGUGGCCGCCCCCGUGGCCUCUCCAGCCGCCCCUAGCCCCGGGUCCUCGGGGGGUGGUGGCUUCUUCUCGUCGUUGUCCAACGCGGUCAAGCAGACCACGGCAGCCGCGGCCGCCACCUUCAGCGAGCAAGUGGGCGGCGGCUCUGGGGGCGCAGGCCGCGGGGGCGCUGCCGCCAGGGUGCUGCUGGUCAUCGACGAGCCGCACACCGACUGGGCAAAAUACUUCAAAGGAAAAAAGAUCCAUGGAGAAAUUGACAUUAAGGUAGAACAGGCUGAAUUCUCUGAUCUCAACCUCGUGGCUCAUGCCAAUGGUGGAUUCUCUGUGGACAUGGAAGUUCUUCGGAAUGGGGUGAAAGUCAUGCGGUCUCUGAAGCCAGACUUCGUGCUGAUCCGUCAGCACGCUUUCAGCAUGGCACGCAAUGGAGACUACCGCAGUUUGGUCAUCGGGCUGCAAUAUGCAGGAAUCCCCAGUGUUAACUCUUUGCAUUCUGUCUACAACUUCUGUGACAAGCCCUGGGUGUUUGCCCAGAUGGUUCGACUGCACAAGAAACUGGGGACAGAGGAAUUCCCUCUAAUCGAUCAGACCUUCUACCCCAAUCACAAAGAGAUGCUGAGCAGCACAACGUAUCCUGUGGUUGUGAAGAUGGGGCACGCACACUCCGGGAUGGGCAAGGUCAAGGUGGACAACCAGCAUGACUUCCAGGACAUUGCGAGUGUUGUGGCGCUGACCAAGACAUAUGCCACUGCCGAGCCCUUCAUUGACGCCAAAUACGAUGUGCGUGUCCAGAAGAUUGGGCAGAACUACAAGGCCUACAUGAGAACGUCAGUGUCAGGGAACUGGAAGACCAACACUGGCUCUGCAAUGCUUGAGCAGAUUGCUAUGUCUGACAGGUACAAGCUGUGGGUGGAUACGUGCUCCGAGAUUUUUGGGGGACUGGACAUCUGCGCAGUGGAAGCGCUGCAUGGCAAGGAUGGAAGGGAUCACAUCAUUGAGGUGGUGGGCUCCUCCAUGCCACUCAUUGGUGACCACCAGGAUGAAGACAAGCAGCUCAUCGUAGAGCUUGUGGUCAACAAGAUGGCCCAGGCCCUGCCCCGGCAGCGGCAGCGGGAUGCCUCCCCUGGCAGGGGCUCCCACAGCCAGACGCCGUCCCCAGGGGCCCUGCCCUUGGGCCGCCAGACCUCCCAGCAGCCUGCGGGGCCCCCUGCUCAGCAGCGACCCCCGCCACAGGGUGGUCCUCCACAGCCAGGCCCAGGCCCCCAGCGCCAGGGACCCCCACUGCAGCAGCGCCCACCCCCGCAGGGCCAGCAGCACCUUUCGGGCCUUGGACCCCCAGCUGGCAGCCCCCUGCCCCAGCGCCUACCGAGUCCCACAUCAGCGCCCCAGCAGCCUGCGUCUCAGGCUACAGCCCUGACCCAGAGUCAAGGCCGCCAAUCCCGGCCAGUGGCAGGAGGCCCCGGGGCGCCUCCAGCGGCCCGCCCACCUGCCUCCCCAUCUCCCCAGCGCCAGGCGGGCCCCCCACAGGCUACCCGUCAGACAUCUGUCUCUGGUCCGGCUCCGCCAAAGGCCUCGGGGGCCCCACCGGGUGGGCAGCAGCGCCAGGGCCCGCCCCAGAAACCCCCAGGCCCUGCUGGCCCCACACGCCAGGCCAGCCAGGCAGGUCCCAUGCCCCGCACUGGGCCACCCACCACGCAGCAGCCACGGCCCAGCGGCCCGGGCCCCGCAGGACGUCCCACCAAGCCACAGCUGGCCCAGAAACCCAGCCAGGAUGUGCCGCCACCCGCCACUGCCGCUGCCGGGGGACCCCCGCAUCCCCAGCUCAACAAAUCCCAGUCUCUGACCAAUGCCUUCAACCUUCCAGAGCCAGCCCCGCCCAGGCCCAGCCUUAGCCAGGACGAGGUGAAAGCUGAGACCAUCCGCAGCCUGAGGAAGUCUUUCGCCAGCCUCUUCUCCGACUGA